AUGGUCAUGGAUGGGCCACCAGACACCAGCGGCAAAAAGGGGCCAAGAGCCACUGACCUCCCCGGCUCCAUUUCUCCUGCUGCUGCUGCUGCUGCUGCUGAGGCGGCGGCUUCUGUUUCAGGAGCACCAGCGGCUCCUUGGCCGGUCUUUGUGGGGGAGUCCCUGCACCGGCCGGCCACCAGCAAGAACGAGACGGGAGGCGGCGAAGGGGUGGAGGUCCUGGUCAACGAGCCCUACGAGCGCGAUGGGGAGCGGGGCCAGUACACGCACAAGAUCUACCACCUGCAGAGCAAAGUCCCCCCCUUCGUGAAAAUGCUGGCCCCAGAGGGAGCCCUGAACAUCCAUGAGAAAGCGUGGAACGCCUACCCUUAUUGCCGGACGAUUAUCACCAACGAGUACAUGAAAGAUGACUUUUUGAUCAAAAUUGAAACCUGGCACAAGCCAGACCUUGGGAUGNAGGAGAACGUUCACAAACUGGAUCCCAACGAAUGGAAGAACGUGGAAGCCGUCUACAUAGACAUUGCGGACCGGAGCCAAGUGCUCUCCAGGGAUUAUAAGCCCGAAGAAGACCCGGCAAAGUUCAAGUCGGUCAAGACCGGCCGUGGCCCGCUGGGGCCCAACUGGAAGAAGGAGCUGAGCAAGCAGAGCGAGUGCCCCAUCAUGUGCGCCUACAAGCUUGUGACGGUCAAGUUCAAGUGGUGGGGGCUGCAGAACAAAGUCGAGAACUUCAUACAGAAGCAAGAAAGGCGGCUUUUCACAAAUUUCCACCGGCAACUGUUCUGCUGGCUUGACAGAUGGGUUGACCUGACAAUGGAGGACAUUCGGAGGAUGGAGGAGGAGACGAAGAGGCAGCUGGACGAGAUGAGAGAAAAGGAUCCCUUGAAAGGAACGUCAGCUGCAGAUGACUAGCGUGGGUUCCAGUUUGUGCAAAUUUGUGAAGUAGCCAUCAGGAAGGCCCAGGAACUCCACCCUCUUGACCUCUGGACCAUCUCUGGAUCAAGCCCUCCUCUGUCCAGUCCUGCCAGCAGGCAACUUCCAGCCUCCCCCACCUAACUCUCGUUGCCCUUAAUAUUGUGAGCAAAAUUCCAGUCCUGAGCACUCUGGGCCUUGGCACCCGGGAAGGGGGUGGCGCCUUCGGGACGAGCGCACCCGUGACUGUCCUGCCUUCUCCAAAGAGUGUUCAGGCCGAUUUCCCACAUGGCUCUCUCCAUGUGGCCCUUUUAGCUGGCAUUGUCUUUUGAUGUGGUGAUUUAGAUUUCAUCUGUACAUUUAGAGAUUAUUUUGCCCCCCUUCCUUCUCCCUUUUAAGUACCGGGAUAAACUGCUGCCUUUGUUUCUCUCCGGCUCCCCACUUUCCUUUGUCAGGUUGUAGAGAGGGCUUUCAGUAUUCGGGUGCCAGGCGUGAUGUCCUUGUGACAGGAGACGGGACUGUCCUUUCUGCCCCCAGACAGCCAGCCACGCGAUGCGCGGCUCUCCUGGCGCUCAGGGGCAGGGCUUUGCUGCUGACUCCCAGCCCCAGAACACACACGCCCCCCCCCUUUGGGAUUUUCUGCCCAUGCCUCUUGCUGCGGAGCCCUGCCUGGCGUCUUUCUAGGGCCUGGGCUCCUUUGGGGGGAGGGUUGCUGCUUUUGGGGUGGCAUGUUUUGGAGCAGGUGGUUGAGUUGGCCUCUGAAAACUGCUGGAGAAAGGCUCCCGGCAGUCCCCCCCUGCCUUGUCCUGCACUGCAAAGAGACGACCCGAUGGUCUCCAAUCUGGACACGGUUUGGGGGAGGGGGCAUGCAUGGGGGGGGAGGUGAAAGAAAAGCCAGAGCAGGCCUUCCAUCUUGUCCUGCUUUUGCGCUGCUUCAGCCUCCUGAGCAAUAAUAAGUCCUGUGAUCCUAAGCAGGAAGAGAAGUUUAGGCCAGCAGGAAGGAAGGGCUGCGAGGAGAGGGACAGACCAGAGGGGUCCCCGGUGGCUGUCGAAGAGAGUGGCCCGGGGAGGGGGGUGAGGCGGAGGGAGCCCUCUUUUUUUUAAAACCAGAAGGUGGGUAUCUACAUGAGACAAUCAUAGGGGCAGGAGGGUGCUGGAGCAAAUGCUGGAGCCAGUGCAAGCUGAGGCAUUCCCUGCCUGCAGCUACUUUUGAGGCAGGAAGCAGCAGCAGCCGCUGUUUUGCGACCAGCGGGCUCCCCGUCUCCCUCCAAAGCCAGACUGUGGCCACCACCCCCGCCUCCUCCCCCUACAACCUGGGGACAGAGGCAGGCGUUCAGCACAGACCUAGAGAGGACGGUAGUGCAUCUUUGGGAGAAGCAGAGGAAGACACACACACACCCCAAAGCCUCUGUGGCCAUUUAUCCCUGUUCCCCUUCUGUUCAGUUCCAUUCUUUGCCUUAUCGAUGUCCAAGUGCAAUAAGCUAAACUUGAUCUAUGCUCUGUGCGUACCCUCUUCCUGGCAGAUGCUUCCUUAGUUGACCACAUGGGGUUUUUCCCUCCUUUCCUUUCCUGGGAAUUUGAUUUCUGGCAGAAAGGAAGUUGGGACCCUCCUCAAGCACUGGAUCUUUGUCUGUUAGAGAGAGGGAGAGAGUGCCCACAGAAGCCGAGGCCACGUCCUUUGGGAUGAGGAGCCCCCAUGUUGCGUUGCGUGGUCCUUUGCUCUUCCCCUUGUGGCUGCUAGCUAAUCCCAGGAGCCUAAAAUGCUGAGACCUGGGAAUUAAAAACACUGAACUUUUAUUUACUUUUUUUUCCCUUGUGGCUAAUGAAUUGUAAGAGGAUUCUUAUGCUUGAAUGUGUUACUGUUUCUACAGCGGAUCUUAUAUUGCUCCUGCUGCUCAAAAGAGCUUUUGUGUUUUGAGCUGAGGCUUUUUAGCUGGUUGACACCACAUCUCUAUAGAAACAGAUGGUGGCAUUUUAAAGGCUGGGGGAGAGAAUCAGAGAAGAUGGAGAAAUCUCGGGGGCCGAAAAGCUCUCAUUAAAACACAAAGCUUUUCUGCUUGGCAGUAAGAGCAAGGGAAAUGCAGUAAAAAACCUCCCGUCCGCGUGCCCUUUGUUCUGCACUUUAUGUGUUCAGUUUUCUGAGACCCUCCCCACCUGCCGCCUUGUCAGGCAGGGCUUCCUCGCCUCCAGUCCCAUGGCUGCGGCUGCAGCGUGGACUAACCUCUUGCUCCUGCCAGGCAAAACGGGGUGGGGUGGGGUGGGGGAGUGGGAGUGGGGUCCCGUGCUCAGAUGGAGCUCCAAAUGCACAGCUAUUGUGGGUCAUGCUUGGCUUGCUCGCCUAGAAGCCCAGACCCCUCAGCUUCUUCUGGGGAGGGGGGCAAAGGGAGUGUCGGGGGAAGAGGGCAGGAAGGUGCUGAGCUGCUCCUUUCUGUCUCUGCCUGGGCUGCAGCCUCUCCAGCCCCCCCCAGCUCCCUCAUUCCCUACGCCACCCCCCAAAAAUAAACCAGCAUGGUCUUGCCUUUCCAGGCUCCCCGUUUCCUGCCAGAGGGGGCAGGGGCGGCUCUGUGGCCCGUUUGGAUUGGUUUCCUUGUGCUCUUCCUUUUUAUGGCAUCACAUUCGGUAGAAUCAAUUAGAUGAUCUCCUUGUUUCUUUCAUGUGAGUUUGUGCCUUUUUUUCUCCGCCCCCCCCCCAUAAUUUUCCAAUACAGGCAUAUUGGAAACGACUCUAAUAAAAUCAUAGACAGAGUGUC